GAACGGAGCACAACCCAAAGGCCUCAAACACAGCAUUGAUGUCUCGUUCUGGAUAAGGCUAGUAGGCUACCAUAUCCUGCACUUUUCUUCUUCAGUUUCUCUCUACAUUCUCCAUAGCCAUGCCAAUUUCCACCUUAUCUCUCCCUUCCAUCGGCUAUUGCUGUCGUAAUUCUCCACCUUUCCCACUCAAAUCUGCUUUUUUCUCAAAACCCAUAAAAACCGAUGUCAGUUUCGCACUCAAAACCUCCCAAAAGAGAAGUACCCGUGUGGUUUCAAUGAGCACGGAGGCUGGUAUUGGAGUCAUGGGUACAAAGCUGGGGAUGAUGAGCUACUUCGAGACUGAUGCAAAGGUUGUGCCCGUCACUGUGGUGGGGUUUCGAGAAGGCAAUAUCGUGACCCAAGUCAAGACUGAGGCCACUGAUGGGUAUAACGCUGUUCAGGUUGGGUACCGGAGGGUGAGGGACAGGAAGCUGACGAAACCGGAGUUGGGUCAUUUGGAGAAGGCUGGGCUGAUACCAAUGCGGCAUUUACAGGAGUUCAGGCUGCAGAGUUUAGAUGGGUUUGAGGUGGGUCAGAGGUUGGCUGUGGAGGAGAUUUUUAAGGAAGGGGAUCUUGUUGAUGUCUCUGGAACCUCUAUUGGGAAGGGUUUUCAAGGUGGAAUAAAGCGCCACAAUUUCAAAAGGGGCCUAAUGACUCACGGCUCCAAAAGUCAUAGGGCUUUAGGAUCUAUUGGUGCUGGGACAACACCCGGUCGAGUGUACAAGGGCAAGAAGAUGCCUGGAAGGAUGGGAGGAAACAAGACAAAAAUCAGAAAGCUCAAGAUCGUGAAAAUUGACAAUGAACUUAAUGUUGUAAUGAUCAAAGGAGCUGUCCCUGGUAAGCCAGGAAACCUUCUUCGCAUAACUCCAGCUAAGAUCGUUGGUAAAAAUAUACCGAAGAACUAGCUUGAUGUACUCUAAUUUGUACAUUUUUGUGUAUUUUUUGCAUAAUCAAAACCCACUAUUCUGUAUAAUUUAUUUUUUAACCUUUGCUGUAGCAAUUUAGAUUUCAGUUGUUGACAUCUUUCAAUGUAUCAUCAGGUGCGUGGUUUUAAUGAAAAAUCUGAUUACUU